AAAUAAUUCCAUCACGCAUGAGCUGGCCUCCUGAGCUCAGCUUCCAGUCCAAGACCAAGACAUUCAGCAAUCGCCACCCUUGCAGGUAUCAGUACUGAGACCUCCAGGAUUCAUCUGCCAUUUCGGACCCUUUGCUGCCACCUGCCAGGUCCAGGUGGCCCCACUGUUGACAAGAGAUGGCAAAUUUCCCAGUCUCCCUGGACUCCUUGCAGCCAGUGUCUCUGCCCAGCAGUCUCGUCUUCCUCACACACCUCCUCUCCCUCCUCCUCCAUCCUGCGGAGCUACAUUCAGAAGAGGUCAGGGUGGUAGGCCCUGAGGAACACAUGUUGGCCCUCGUCGGGGAGGAGGUGGACUUCCCAUGCCACCUGUCGCCGUAUCUGAAUGCCGAGGACAUGGAGAUUCGCUGGUUCCGGGGCCAGGCGGCGGACGUGGUGCACCUGUAUCCCGGGCGGCAGGACCUGCCCGGCCGGCAGAUGGCGCAGUUCCAGAACAGGACCGAGCUGGUCACCGACGACAUCGCCGAUGGCAGCGUGCUCCUGCGGCUGCAUGGCGUGGUCCCCGCCGACCAGGGCCCCUACGGGUGCCGCUUCCUGUCCGGUGACUUCUCCGGGGAAGCUGUCUGGGAGCUGGAGGUGGCAGGGCUGGGCUCAGACCCUCACCUCUCACUUGAUGGCUUCAAGAAAGGAGGCAUUCAGCUGAGGUGCAGCUCCAGUGGCUGGUACCCCAAGCCCAAGGCUCAGUGGAGAGACCUUCAGGGACAUUGCCUGCCUCCAGAGACUGAAGCCAUCACUCAGGACACCCAGGGCCUGUUCAGUCUGGAAACAUCUGUGAUUGUCCAAGGGGGAGCCCACAGCAAUGUGUCUUUGUCAAUCCAGAAUCUCCUCUUGAGCCAGAAGAAAGAGGUGGUGGUCCAGAUUGCAGACGUGUUUUUACCCGGAGCGUCCCCCUGGAGGACAGCGUUCCUCGGGACUCUGGCAGCGCUGCCGCUGGCCCUGGCCGUGCCUGGCUCGCUGGCGCUGUGCCUCCUGCAGAGACGGCGACGAUCCCAAGAAAAGCUAAACCAGCAGGCCGAGAAGAGACAAGGGAAACUCACAGCAGAACUGGAGAAGCUUCAGAGGGAGCUGGACUGGAGAAGGGCAGAAGGCCAAGCUGAAUGGAGAGCAGCCCAAAAGUAUGCAGUGGACGUGACUCUGGAUCCGGCCUCAGCGCACCCCAGCCUGGAGGUCUCCGAGGAUGGCAAGAGCGUGUCCUCCCGCAGGGUGGCUCAGGGGCCCGCGCCCAGCGACCCGCAACGCUUCUCGGAGCAGACGUGCGUGCUGAGCCUGCAGCGCUUCUCCGCGGGCCGCCACUACUGGGAGGUGGACGUGGGCCGCCGCAGCCGCUGGUUCCUGGGCGCCUGCCUGGCCGCGGUGCCGCGCGCGUGCCCGGCGCGCCUGAGCCCGGCCUGCGGCUACUGGGUGAUGGGGCUGUGGAACGGCUGCGAGUACUUCGUGCUGGACCCGCACCGCGUGGCGCUCGCCCUGCGCGUGCCCCCGCGGCGCGUGGGCGUCCUCCUGGACUGCGACGCUGGAAAGCUGUCCUUCUUCAACGUGUCCGACAACUCCCACAUCUUCACCUUCACCAACGCCUUCCCUGGGGUGCUGUGUGCCUACUUCAGACCCAGGGCCUAUGACGGCGGUGAACACCCGGAUCCCCUGACCAUCUGCCGGUUGCCAGCUAGAGAGACGCACAUCUCGGAAGAGGAAGACAAUGACGCGUGGUUACAGCCCUAUGACCCCUCGGACCAGGCCCUGGGCCUGUGGUGAGGCCUCUCACUGCCUGGAGCCGGCCCUGGGCAGCUGCUGGGAAGCCCAGGCCGGGCGUGUGCUUUGGGCUCCUGCCGCCUCCACUGAGGGCAAACCCAGCAACCAAAACGUUGCUGAAAGGUCAGCAGCCUGGGGACAACGGGAGGGACCUUUGCCUAUGUAAAUAUGUAUGUGUAUGAUUUCCAGAGGUGACUCCAAAGCUCAUUUGUGUGUAUUGUAGGAUUGAGCAAAUUAAUAAAAAUACAUUUAUGUUGCCGGGAGCCAGGGUGCCCCACAGUGGGCCAGGGGGAGGAAGCUGGCUUAGGAGAAGGGGAGAGUAGAUUGGAAAGAUCAGCUCAUUUGUACAGUUGCAUAUUUUUAUAUACAUUUGCUAGUUCUAAACGGCUCUCAAAGCAAGGCCGCCUCAUAAGCAGUAAACUCACCUACGGCUCAUAUCUUAGUUUUAAGUAGAAUACCAUUUCCUACACCAGUGAAGUUAGAGGAACAUCUGAUUCCAAGCCUGGAGUGACGAACUUUCAAAAUGAGCCUUGAACAUCUUGUGCUGUUAAAAAAUGUCCUCAAAAAUGAUGAGGACCUAGUGAAAGGACAUAGGAGCUAUGUUGAAGGGGUUUUGCUGACCAGUUAGGUAACACUUUGAACACAAAAAUACAUAAUGACAAAAAUGCAAUAGAGAAAUCUGCCAGAUUAAGCAAGUCACUAAAUUUAAUAACACCAAUGAUGCAAUAAAGGAAAUUAUUCAUUUGACAAUUAAGGAAAAUAAACAGGGACUAUCUAUUAUUCUGUGAAUGUUGAUUUUCUAAGUGAGACAUUUGUACUGUGGUUAUGUAGGAGAAUAUUCUUGUUCUAAGAAAUAUAUGCUGAAAUUUUUAAAGGCAAAUUACCACACAGAGUCUGAAGCUGCCUCUAAGUGACUACGUAGAGAAUAUAAGGGUGUUCAUAUAUACACACAUAUAUGUAUAUAUAGAAAGAAAGAGAGCAACUGUGGCAAAAUGACGACACUUGGUAAAUGUAGGCAAAAAGCCUGUAGGUGUUCAUUGUUCUAUUAUAGCAGCUUUGCUGUGUUUUGAAACUUUUCAAAUUAGAGAGUUGGGGAGAGAAAAAAGGAUAGACCAAAAAGUUGUGAUCAUCUACAAAUGGCAAAAUGGUUGGCGAUUGUUACUUUUUAAAAUUUCUUCUCUGUAUUUUUUAAGUGUUCUAUAGAGUGCAUGUAUGGUUUCUGAAAAGGGAGGGGGAGAUGUUUUUAAAAAUGCUCUGUCUACAAAAUUCCCCAUUUAAAAGAAACUAUAAUGAGGCUAGGCCCAGUGGCUGACACCUGUAAUGCCAGCACUUCUGGGAGGAUGAGGCAGGAGAAUUGCUUGAGCUCAGGCAUUUGAGACCAGCCUGAGUAAGAGUGAGAUGCUGUCUCUACUAAAAAUAGAAAAAAAUAGAAGGGUGUUGUGGUGGGAGAAUCUGUAGUCCCAGCUACUCAGGAGGCUGAGGCAAGAGGAUCUCUUGAGUCCAGGAAUUUUGAAAUUGCUGUGAACUAUGAUGAUUCCACUACCCUCUAGCCAGGGAGACAGAGUCUAAAUAAUAAUAAUUAUUAUUAUUAUAAAGAAAAAAAAAGAUGGGGACUUCAAUUGGCCAGGAAAGCUGACUGUGUUGGCCAAAUUUGAACAUCAAAGCACUUACUGUCAGUAUAGGGUAUAUAACCCUUUAAGUAAAUAGGAAUCCAUGAGAGUGUGUGUGUCCCCACCAAUACCCAUGAAUGAGUAAAGAAAACCAUGGGAAAAUGGCAUUACUUUUGAGGUAUUCCUGCUCCUAAAAUGCAUAAAUCAUGAGGAAACAUCAGACAAACUCUUCAGAAAUGUCAAGGUUCAUGGAAGAAGCCCAAGUGCCCAUCCAUCCAUGAAUGGAUUAAUAAAUCGUGGUAUAUGUACACCAUGGAAUAUUAUGCAGCCUUAAAGAAAGAUGGAGACUUUCCCUCUUUCAUGUUUACAUGGAUGGAGCUGGAACAUAUUCUUCUUAGCAAAGUAUCUCAAGAAUGGAAGAAAAAGUAUCCAAUUUACUCAUAUGAAAGCUAUAACCCAAUUAUAACCUAAGAAUAUGGGGAAAAGGGAAAGGGAGGGGAGGGGAGGGGGGAGGAUUGGUGGAGGAAGGGCAAUUGGCGGGACCAUACCUGUGGUGCAUCUUACAAGGGUAAAUGUUAAACUUACUAAAUGUAGAAUAUAAAUGUCUUAACACAAUAACUAAGAAAAUACCAGGAAGGCUAUGUUAACCAAUGUGAUGAAAAUAUGUCAAGUGGUCUAUAAAACCAGUAUGGUGCCCCAUGAUUGCAUUAAUAUACAUAGCUAUGACUUAAUAAAAAAAAAAUGUCAAGGUCAUGAAAGAAGAGGCCAGACCAAGGAGCUGGUCCAGAUUAAAGGAGAUCAAAGAGGCAGGACUAAAUGAAAUAGUUGACUCUGGGUGGGAUCCUGGACUUGUAAAAGAUAUUAUGGGGAGAAAAAAGAGACAUUUUAAAAGAGGUACAUGGAUUAGGUAGCAAUAUUGGAUAAAUGUCAAUUUCCUGAUUUUGAUGUAAGAGAAUGCUCUUGUUUUAAGAGAAUAUAUACUUAAGUAUUAAGGAGUAAAGAAAUAGGAUGUUUGUACCUUAUUUUCAAAUCAUUAAAAAAUUGGUAAUAUAGGCUUGGCACCUAUAGCUCAGCGGCUAGGGUGCUACCACAUACACUGGAGUGGGAGGGUUCUAACCCAGCCCCGGCCUGCCAAACAACAAUGACAACUACUACCAAAAAACAGCCUAGCUACUUGGGGGGCUGAGGCAAAAAAAAUCGCUUAAGCCCAAGAGUUUGCGGUUGCUGUGAACUGUGACACCAUGGCACUCUACCAAGGGUGACAUAGUGAGACUCUGUCUCAAAAAAUAUAAAUAUAGUAAUAUAAAUAGAGAUAAAUGCAGUAGUGUCUAGUAAAUGUUGAAUAACUAGCUUUCCAGGAAAAUAAAAUAAAAUAAAAAACUCUAGAGCCUUUGGUUACUUCCACUGUGCUGAUUUCAGUCUACAGAUGUAACAUCACUGGGAACGCAGGUGGGAAGUGUCUCAGAUUGGCCUGCUAUAAAAUACUGUA